AUGUCCUCCUUCACCUCCAGCGGACGCUCGGAGUUCAUCGAUCUAGUCCGGCCUCUCCACGAUCGUCUCUCCCAUUACGAUCCCACGGCACCACCCACAUCGCAACCGAAGAACGACGCUGCAGAUCCCGCCAAGGCAGUUCCGCAGAGCUUCAUCGACGCCAUGAUCGUACGGGAAGAGGUCUACGUUAAAGAGCAGAACAUUGCCUUGGAGAAUGAGUUGGAUGAAGAUGAUGCGAGGAGUUUCCACUGGGUUGCUUAUGCGAGCCUGCCGUCAAGUGCUGUGACUGGAGCGGAGAAAGGAGGUGGAGAGGUGAAAAAGGCGAGCACAAAGAUCCCGAUCGGGACGAUACGUCUGGUACCUCCACCCCACGCUCCUCAUCAUCAGAGUGGGACAGCAGGAGAAGGUCGUGACUCCCCGCAAGCACACGGAGAGCCAUCGGAAGCAUACAUCAAACUCGGUCGCCUCGCGGUGAUCAAAGAGUUCCGCGGUGCGGGAAUCUCCAAAUUGCUCAUCGAAACAGCGCUCUCCUUCGCAAGGCAAAAUCCUCACGAGGUCGGUCCGCAGAUGGACCUCACCGAGGCGCUACAAAAAGGAGUGGCAUCAAACUUCAAGGGACUGGUCCUCGUGCAUAGCCAAGUCGGGGUGCAGAAAGUUUGGAAGAGGUAUGGUUUUGAGAAGGAUGAAGCGAUGGGAACAUGGGAUGAGGAGGGUAUCGAUCACGUCGGAAUGUGGAGAAGGGUGGAUGUGCAGGGCGGGAGGAGAGCAAGUAAGCUGUGGACGACGACUGGACAUUCUUGA